AUGUUUGGAAAUGACAUUUCAAGGGCAAAAGAUCAACAGAAGAAAAUGGUAGUGGCUAAAGAGGAAUCAAUGGCAAGGCAACAAAGUGCUUGCAAGAAGACAAAAAGAAGUCCUUUGUGCCAAUCAAUGUUAAUUGGUGACUUUCUUGAAAAAAAUGGAAGAGAUGUUGAGAAGGAGAUGGAAAAUUUAAUUGAAGAUGAGGAAAACAUUGUUUUAGAAGAACAAGAGCAAGAACAAAAUGUGGAAUGUGAGGGAGACGCAGAAAAAAAUGGGAUAACUAAGAAAAGAACACGGGGACCAACGCGUUGUUUAAAAAUAUAUGCAAGAGAUGUAAAAGACCGUCAAGAAGUUACUCUAGAUGACUUUGGAGAGCCAAUUGGACCUGAUGACCUAACUGUUUCUGAAUUAGGCUAUUUCCUCGGAACUAUAGCCAUGAAUGCAAAUAUUUGUCCGAUGAUCUAUACAAAUUUCAAAGAGUUGCUUAAAGAUGAAACAGAUCCUAAGCGUCAUAAUUAUCAUAUUUGGAAAUAUAUUAAUACGAAGUUCAACAUUCCUGAGAGAGGAAAAAAAGCAGUGUAUGCUCGAAUAAACGAUGCUUGGAGACGCCACAAAUACUCUAUCAAGAAAGAUCAUUUUCUAAAGUACUCUAAUAUGAAGGAUAGAUCAAAACACCGUCCAAAGAGCAUAUCUGAAGUUCAUUUCAAGAAAUUGUUAUUAUAUUGGAAAGAUACUCAUAUUCAAGAUAUUAGCCAAAAGAAUGCAGUUAAUAGGAGCAAGCAAAAGUUUAUGCAUCGUGUAGGACCGACAAAUUUUGCUAGAAUUCGUGCAAAAAUACGGGAAAACAAGGAUGGACAAGAAGUCACUCAAGCUGAGAUGUUUAUUGAAACUCGAAAAAUUCGCAAGGGAAAACAAGUGGAUGAGGAAAGCCAAUUUGUGAUUGAUAAACUUCAAGAACCUAUUGAAACUUCAACUGAAGCUGGAACACAAACAUUUCAAUCACUGUUUGAAAAAAAAACCCGGUAG